AGUCAGAUGGUACAUUCCGCCUGCUGCGUCAUCCAUUGUUUACAAACCAACGAGCGGAGCUGCUUUCUGUCGGGCAGCGUGGUGAACGUGGACGCCGGCAAUUUGCGCUGCCAUUCAUUUGGUUGUAAAAAACAGCGUCCAGACCAGAACCGAACACGCCAAAAUGCCUUGCCGAAAGGAGAACUACAUCUUUCUGGAGCAGUCCGUCACUGUGGAUUCCAAGGAGGUGGACGCUCUUGUGACAAAAAUCGGCGAGGCUUUACAGCUUCACAACAAUAGCGCCAACCAGACGAUGUCGUGUCUGCACGGUCUCGCCAGCAGCAGCAGCAGCAGCAACAACAGCGGCGGCGGCGGCGGCGGCGGCGGCCACAGCAGCUCCAAGCAGAGCGGCGGCAGCACGGGCAACCCGAGGCGGAACGGCUGCUGUAUCCGCCUCCGGAGCAGAAAUCUACGGAGCCGAGCAAGCCCGUACAACAUACCGGGAUCCAGCGAUCAGGAGUGGGACCAUUUUAAAACGUGGAACCGAAAAGGAAUCGACGUUACGAGUGGCGAGGACGACCCCCAUCAACUGCUCCAGGAACUGAUAUUGUCUGGAAAUCUGAUUAAAGAAGCAGUCCGACGACUUCAGUUCUCCUCGGAGUCGGAACACGAUUUCGCCAAACAAAUAGACUGAGAUUGCCUUUGAAAAACGCAGCACGGGCUUUUCACUCUGUUCCCCGGCGUGCUGGGUUGGGUUGGCUGGGUGAGGUGAUUAGACAUGUGGGGGCGUAGACGUCGUUAGCUGGCUAGAUUGCUAACUCUAGCUUAGCGAGUUAACAGGACUUAUAGUCAUACGUUGAUGUUUUUCUGAAGGUUUGUAAAAACGAACUUUACUAAAAACCUAGUUCAUGUUUGUAUGGUGUCGGGUAGAAACUGAAUUUCGGCCGUUGGUUACCCGGUGUCGUGUUUUUGUUUGAAAUGUGACUAACUUACAAAUUCUGGGUCACUGCAAACGGUCACUGUAAGGUUGGCUGUGACCAGCGCCUCAAGGCGGGCGGUUUGUCUCCAGCUCCACACCCUGCGUGUUCAUUUGUGUUUUUGUAACCGUGUUACUGUCUAGCAGGCUGAUGACCCAAGUUACCAAACGUGUGGUGCGCCUCGUUCGGAGGUGUAGCGCUGUGUGUGCUCUUUAUCCGAGUGAACACCAUGAGAGCUCCCUGCCUCGUUAUGGCGAUGGGCUGUCCGCUGGGACUCGCCAGCGUUUUGUUUAUGCUCAGCCUGAACAGUGAGAUGCCCCCUUUCACUGGUUUGUUGUCUUUUUUUGGACUCCAGAGGGCCUUUUUACAAAUCACGUGGACUUUUUUUCGUCCAGCGAGUUUCAUUGUGGGAAAUAUAUGGACUACUUGGGCAUUUUUGAGCUUAAGCCCAGUACUUGAGCAUUUUUGAGUACAAGCCCAGCGUUUGCUAUCUGAAUGGGAGAGACGUGGAGACCAUAAAUCACAACAGAGACACCGGUGCUUUGAGGAUUCCUGCGUGGAGUUCGCUUGUUUCUCUGCUCUCACUCUGUACACUGUCUGUACGCUUCGUAACGAAGUAUUUUUUGAACAGUCCUGAUUUUUUUUCAGGCAGUUUGGUGUCUACAAUAAACACGGUGUCUUUUUCCAUUGGCU